UUAUAUAUUUUGUAUAAUGCACCUCUAUUGAACUGUACACUUUGCAUUUUAUAUUAAAAACGAUGUGACGACAAACAGUAUAAAAAUUGCAUAAAGUUGUAUAGAGUUACGCGAUAUGAGGCAAAAGUUAAAAUAUUUGUGAACUUUAUAGAAGAUAAAUAGUUAUAGUGCUAAAAAAGAAUAAAAAUUAACAAUAUAAUAAUAGCAAUGAAAAAUAAGGAGGUGUUUAUAUAUGCAAAAACAAACGUAUAGUACAAAUGAGAAUGUUGAAAAAACUUAUGAAAUACCUAUCGAAAAUAUCCGUAAUUUUAGUAUAAUAGCCCAUGUUGAUCAUGGUAAAAGUACCCUUGCUGAUAGACUUCUAGAAAUUACUGGUGCUAUAAAAAGAAAUUCAGGAAAACAAGUAUUAGAUACAUUGCAAGUAGAAAAGGAACGUGGAAUUACGGUGAAAGCUCAGACUGCUUCCCUUAUAUAUUCUUAUAAAGGACAAAAUUAUCUUUUAAAUUUGAUAGAUACUCCAGGUCAUGUAGAUUUCUCAUCUGAGGUAUAUCGUUCAUUAGCAGCUUGUCAAGGUGUUAUAUUAUUAGUGGAUGCAAAUGAUGGAGUACAAGCGCAAACUGUUGCAAAUUUUUACUUGGCUAUUAAAAGAGAGCUUGUAGUAAUACCAGUUAUAAAUAAAAUAGAUUUACCAAUGGCAGAUCCAGAAAGAGUAAAGAAUCAAUUAGAAACAUUAUUUAAUAUAAAUGAAAAAGAUGUAUUAAAAAUAUCUGCCAAAUUAGGAACAGGUGUUGAUGAAUUAUUACAAGCUAUACUCAAAAGGCUUCCACCUCCACCUGUAAAUAGGAAUUUACCAUUUCGUGCUCUAAUAUUUGAUAGCUGGUAUGACAAAUAUAAAGGAGCUGUUUCCUUAAUAUAUGUGAAGGAUGGAUCUUUAUCUGUUGGUGAACAUAUUACAUCUUUUGCUAGCAAAAAAUCUUAUGAAAUUAAAGAGGUAGCACUUUUAAGACCUGAGGAAGAACCUAUUAAAACUUUAUUUGCAGGAGAGGUUGGAAGUAUAAAAUGUAAUAUGAGAUCUUCUAAAGAAGCACAUAUUGGAGAUACUUUAUAUAAAAAAGGUCACCCUGUAGAAUCAUUAGGUGGAUUUACAGCAAUAAAACCGAUGGUAUUUGCUGGUGUAUAUCCUAUGGAUCAAUCACAUUUUCUUGCAUUACAAAGUGCAAUUGAUAAACUUAUUUUAAAUGAUAGUGCUGUUGAAAUUGUAUCAAAUUCUAGUGCUGCACUUGGACGCGGCUGGCGAGCUGGAUUUUUAGGACUCUUGCAUAUGGAAGUAUUUAUACAAAGAUUAGAACAGGAAUAUGGUACAGAACCAAUAGUUACAGCACCUGGUGUCACAUAUAAGGCCAAAAUUAAAGGACAAAAAAAUAUAAUACGAUAUAAAGGAGAUAUAGUUGUCUUCAAUAAUCCUAUUGACUAUCCUGAUAAACAAAUUACAGUAGAAUAUUAUGAGCCAAUGAUCCUUGGUACUAUUAUAACACCAGAUAAGUAUAUAGGACCGGUAAUUUCAUUGUGUCUUGAGAAACGUGGGAUUGAACAAUUUACCCAAACUAUUGGAAAUAAUAGAACGUUAUUAAAAUUUUCAAUGCCAUUAAAUGAAGUAGUUCUUGAUUUUCAUGAUACAUUGAAAACUCUCACUUCUGGAUAUGCAAGUUUUGAUUAUGAAGAUGAUGGAUAUCAUUCUUCUGAAAUUGUGAAGUUAAAUAUUCUCUUAAAUGGUAAUAUUGUAGAAGAAUUAAGUACAAUUGUGCACUGUACUAAAGCAAAAGAAGUGGGUAAAAGAAUGUGUAAUAAACUUUUGGAUAUCAUUCCAAGACAAUUAUUUGAAAUAUCAAUACAAGCAGCAGUUGGAAGUAAGAUACUUGCAAGGGAGACUUUGAAAGCAUAUAGAAAAGACGUUACUGCAAAAUUGUAUGGAGGUGAUGUUACAAGAAGGAUGAAAUUAUUGGCAAAACAAAAACAGGGAAAGAACAGAAUGCGUAUGAUCGGAAACAUUUCCUUGCCACGAGAAACAUUUAUAAAUGUACUCAAACGAUAAUUUACCGUGUAUAUAUAUAUACAUAGGAUUUUUACUUUGAACACAAAAAUAAAAAGAAUAUAUAAAAUAAGAAUAAAAGGUCGAACAUUAA